CAUUCUACGCAGUCAAGAUAUUCCUGUGAAGUACACGGACGGGUCGAUAACGGAGUCCUGUACAAAGGCUUCGAGAGGGGUAAUGAACCCUUUCGUUAGGAAACACUCGGCAGAGAACUCGCAAAUAUCUCUCGUCUUUCUCCUCAAAGUAAUGAGAUACUGGCUAUUGUAUAGAGGUCUCAAAGAGAACCUGAACGUAUCUCUUUACUGGCCUCCCAGCCCACCUAGAGGCACCUACCGACCUCCCAACCCACCUGGAGGCACCUACCGACCUCCCAGCCCACCUGGAGACACCUACCGACCUCCCACCUGGAGACACCUACCGACCUCCCAACCCACCUGGAGACACCUACCGACCUCCCAACCCACCUGGAGGCACCUACCGACCUCCCAGCCCACCUGGAGACACCUACCGACCUCCCACCUGGAGACACCUACCGACCUCCCAACCCACCUGGAGACACCUACCGACCUCCCAACCCACCUGGAGGCACCUACCGACCUCCCAGCCCACCUGGAGACACCUACCGACCUCCCAGACCACCUGGAGGCACCUACCGACCUCCCAGCCCACCUGGAGGCACCUACCGACCUCCCAGACCACCUGGAGGCACCUACCGACCUCCCAGCCCACCUGGAGGCACCUACCGACCUCCCAGCCCACCUGGAGGCACCUACCGACCUCCCAGCCCACCUGGAGGCACCUACCGACCUCCCAGCCCACCUGGAGACACCUACCGACCUCCCAGACCACCUGGAGGCACCUACCGACCUCCCAGCCCACCUGGAGGCACCUACCGACGUCCCAGCCCACCUGGAGGCACCUACCGACGUCCCAGCCCACCUGGAGGCACCUACCGACCUCCCAGACCACCUGGAGGCACCUACCGACCUCCCAGCCCACCUGGAGGCACCUACCGACCUCCCAGCCCACCUGGAGACACCUACCGACCUCCCGGAUCACCUGGAGGCACCUACCGACCUCCCAGACCACCUGGAGGCACCUACCGACCUCCCGGACCACCUGGAGGCACCUACCGACCUCCCAGACCACCUGGAGGCACCUACCGACCUCCCAGCCCACCUGGAGACACCUACUGACCUCCCGGACCACCUGGAGGCACCUACCGACCUCCCAGACCACCUGGAGGCACCUACCGACCUCCCGGACCACCUGGAGACACCUACCGACCUCCCGGACCACCUGGAGGCACCUACCGACCUCCCAGCCCACCUGGAGGCACCUACCGACCUCCCGGACCACCUGGAGGCACCUACCGACCUCCCAGCCCACCUGGAGACACCUACCGACCUCCCGGACCACCUGGAGGCACCUACCGACCUCCCAGCCCACCUGGAGACACCUACCGACCUCCCAGCCCACCUGGAGGCACCUACCGACCUCCCAGACCACCUGGAGGCACCUACCGACCUCCCAGACCACCUGGAGGCACCUACCGACCUCCCAGCCCACCUGGAGACACCUACCGACCUCCCACCUGGAGACACCUACCGACCUCCCAGACCACCUGGAGGCACCUACCGACCUCCCAGCCCACCUGGAGGCACCUACCGACCUCCCAGCCCACCUAGAGGCACCUACCGACCUCCCAGCCCACCUGGAGGCACCUACCGACCUCCCAGACCACCUGGAGGCACCUACCGACGUCCCAGCCCACCUGGAGGCACCUACCGACGUCCCAGCCCACCUGGAGGCACCUACCGACCUCCCAGCCCACCUGGAGGCACCUACCGACCUCACAGCCCACCUGGAGGCACCUACCGACGUCCCAGCCCACCUGGAGGCACCUACCGACCUCCCAGCCCACCUAGAGGCACCUACCGACGUCCCAGCCCACCUGGAGGCACCUACCGACCUCCCAGCCCACCUGGAGGCACCUACCGACCUCCCAGCCCACCUAGAGGCACCUACCGACCUCCCAACCCACCUGGAGGCACCUACCGACCUCCCAGCCCACCUAGAGGCACCUACCGACCUCCCAGACCACCUGGAGGCACCUACCGACCUCCCAGCCCACCUGGAGGCACCUACCGACCUCCCAGCCCACCUGGAGGCACCUACCGACCUCCCAACCCACCUGGAGGCACCUACCGACCUCCCAGCCCACCUAGAGGCACCUACCGACGUCCCAGCCCACCUGGAGGCACCUACCGACCUCCCAGCCCACCUGGAGGUGGAG